AUGUCUAUUGAUCUAAGUUUCUUCGGCAACAUUGAUGCUGCGAUGGAAGAGGAGGCUUCGAGAAAAGAAGAGAUACUUCGGUUGGUACGAGACUUUGAUAGGACCUGUCGUACGAUCACUGCUAUUUUGAAUAAAGUUCAUUCCGCUCAAGCCGAAGAAGUACCAACAGUCGGUAAAUUAGCUAUUGAUAGAUUUGGAGAAGUUAAACAACACAUGACAAACCUUGCACAACUGGUGCCUCAUCAACAAUAUUACAGAUAUAAUGAGCUUUGGAGUAGAACAGUUCAGAAUUCACUUUUUCUUGCAGCAUUUGCAAUUUAUCUCCAAUAUGAAAAAUUGAUAACUGCAAGUGAAAUUGAAUCAUUGCUUGGUGCCAAGAUCAAUCUAAAUAAUGAUCUACAGGACUUUCACAUAUCUCUUGAAGAAUUCCUUCAUUGUUUUAUCACUUUAACUAAUGAAUUGUCUCGACUCGCUAUCAACUCUGUCACAGUCGGUGAUUAUAAUCGGCCUCUUCGCAUCUCAAAUUUUGUUCAACAAUUGUAUACAGGAUUCCAAUUAUUGAAUUUAAAAAAUGAUGCUUUGAGAAGGCGUUUUGAUAGCAUAAAGUAUAACAUCAAAAAAAUCGAAGAAGGUGCAUUGAUUUAUUCUAUAAUUGCUACAAUGUUUCUUUCCAUUCGUUACUCAUUGUCUUCAAUUAAACUUAUAGUCGUAUACGAUAUAUCUCUCAGGAAAUUGUCAGAUGAUACCGAGAUGGAAUAA